AUGGCAACACAAAGAUCAAAUUCACAUCACAUGAAUUCACCACCAGAGUGUUUGAAAUCGACUGAAUUAAAAGUCGAAAAAAAAGAUUUGUGGGGUGGUGGAUUUUUAUUAUAUAAUGUCUUAUCAAAAGAAGAAUGUAAUUAUUUUAUCGAGGAGUGCAAUAAGCUUGGAUGGGAGUCGUUGAACUGGACACGUGGAGGCGAUGGCAGCGAAGGUAGUGAAGGUGAAAAGAAAUCAUUUAGAAUAAACGACCGUAUUAUGGUGAUGAGCGAUGAAAUUGCAGAAUGGUGCUGGGACAGAGUCAAAAGAUAUGUCGUAUCAGAAAACCCAGAAUCAGAUGGAUUCAAUAACAUCACAACCAAAGUCAAACCAGGUGAUGAUUUAUAUAAAAUUGGCUCACCAAGCGGUAUAUGGAGACCAGUUGGUUUGAACCCAAAGUUUAGAAUGUGCAGAUACUUCGAAGGUGGCUUAUUCAAGAAGCAUUAUGAUGGCAGUUAUGUAGUAUCAUCAACCAAGAGAUCAUUAUAUACAUUCAUGUUUUACUUGAAUGACGAAUACACAGGUGGUGAAACCAACUUUUUAGAUGACCAAAGUUUAAAAUCAAUCUCGACAGCAUUCAAACUAAAUGGCAAAGGAGGUGAUAUCGAGUUUGACGACGAUUCACUCUCAUUGGAUUCCGUUAAAGUAGCAGAUAGAGUUGGUCCAUCAGUUGAUCCAUCGAAAUCCUUUACUGGUUGUCUUAUUGUAUUUGAUCAAUCUCUUUUCCACGAAGGUAGUCCUGUUUUAUCUGGCAAGAAAUUCAUCAUGAGAACUGACAUCAUGUUUGAAAAGGUAGAAGAUUUAUCUCCAGAGGAAUUGGGCGAAAUUGAUAACGAAGUCGAAGCAGAACGUAUACUUCAAAUGUCUGAAGAGUUGGAAAGAUCAGGAAAUAUCGAAGAAAGUGUUAAAAUGUACAAAAAAGCAUUUUCAUUAUCAAAAAAUUUAGCAUCUAGAUAUGGUUUUUAA